AUGGCUCCUACUACUUCUUCACGCAAUCCUCCCCUUCCUAAUUCGACCCACAGUGAAGAAGGAGAAUCCGAGACUGAAAAUGACAAGAAUAACCCUCAAUUGGAUCCGGAACGUGUCAAGGCCCUUAAUAAAGCCCUUGAUGGUCAAGGCAAAACGAAGCAAUCAGCGCAAAAUUGGUACGAGGUUUUGGACCGAGGUAUUGCAUAUUACAUGGACAUGUAUGAGGGUACCGACAUGAAAACGUUCGAAAACCAGUAUCAAAAAGAACUCGACGUGUUCAGUGACAUGAUCACUCAUAUCAAAUGCUUUGAGUCUGACUUAUCCUACUUUGUGUCGCCUCGAAAUGUCGAACGAAAGGAUGAUCUAGCAAAGGCAAUGAUUGCUGCAUCAGGGGCAGCCAGGUCCGAGGAUAUAUCAACACUUCAAAGCGCAAUAAUUACGUAUAUUAACGAGUGUUCGCCAACAAAUAAAGUGGAAAUCAGUGCAACAGCAACCAAAUCCGAAUCGCGCGGGUUCAAGAACAAGGUUCUUGCCCGUCUUCUCUGUCCGAUGAAGUAUCUUGAGGAUUUUGAUGCUAAUCCAGACGAAUUUAUGCGAAAGCUCGACGAAGAUGUAGUGCAUGUGCUUGCUAAGGACCUGCCAACAUUUUUGUGGGAGCCAGGUAAGUUUGACCCUGAGGACUGGGACUCGGACAUGUUUCGAACGCGGCUUCUAGUAAUGGUUUGGAAACAUAUUUUUACCUCCCCAUCGUCGGCCCUUAAAGAUAAGCCUGGUCAAACAAAAACUCGAAGCUCUCAAGCCAAAUUACACCACAUGAAAACCGUCACCCCUGCCUCUAUAGCAUAUGCCUGUCUACUCAUUCGCUAUUCAAUCUCCGGCAUUGAAGACUGGCGUAUCGAAGACAAUGUUUUCGAUCGUCAGGGCUUUUACAAUUAUAUAAUUUCACUUUUUGAACCAGACAAGGAAGACGACGGGGACUCGGAUUGGUCAACAGACACCAUAGAGUGGUGGAAUGCAAAGGUCCUGAACAAGGACCCUCGCUCAGCAAAGUCCGAAGAAAAUCUGGAUGGCCCUUCAACUUACGAUACAAUUGCCGAACAACGACGAGCUCGGAAGGCACGCAAAUCUAUGACUAUGGCUGCCACUGCUGCAGUUGGGGGAAAGGAAAAAGGAGGAUCUAGUCAAGGAAAGGGUGGCGCACCAAUCACGGAGUCUGGACGGGUUGGCGGUCCCCAUCUCGCCGAAGGUCUCACUCUCGUCAACCCCGCACGCAUUAUCACCAGGCUCACUCUCCCAACCAUCGUUAUUCAUCUCCCUUGCAUGAAACAACUCGCUUGUAUCAACAAUCGCGUUCUCGUCGCCGGUCUUACUCGCAUAGUCCAGCUCGCAAAUUGGAUGACAAUGGGUAUACUCCUGAAAGGGAUGUACCGCACCUGUCUUCUCAAACCCUUCGCGAGGCCGGUUCGGAGUUUACAAGUCCACCAGCCAUCCAGCACCAUUCAAGCUCUCGCUCGUCAGCCAAAGUGCUUGGAAAGCGACCACAACCUGCUGUAUCGGAUAACGAGUCAGAAAAUAGUGGACGGCCAACCCAAAAAGCGAGAUCCAAGGCCAUUAUAUCCGGGUUAUGUUUAUUCGGUUACGGUCAAGUUUCGUUCAAAUGUAUUUGCUUGCCUACGGUAA